GAGUGCAUAGUGAUAACUGUGAAGUGUUGAGAGAAGGAUGAUCCAGAGGCACCAGCUGGUGCAGUCUGUGCUGCAGGAGCUACAAGAAGCCACCGAAUGCUUUGGUUUGGAGGGCCUCACCAGUGCUGCACUGGAGGCAGAGAGGACCUUGUCAUCUUUCUCCCUACCUGGCUAUUGUGGGAGUCAGUUCCAAGAGGAGCUGGAGGUUGACCGGGUAGCCAGGAGCCUCUAUCCUGAGGAUGCCCCAAGUAACAUGCUGCCUCUCGUUUGCAAAGGUGAGGGAAACCGCCUCUUUGAGGCUGCCAGUGUGCUGCUCUGGGGCAACCCCAGCCUCAGCCUGGAGCUGCAGGUGCGUACUGUGGUGGAGAUGCUGCUGCACAAACAAUACUACUUGAAUGGCAUGAUUGAUUCCAAAGUGAUGCUGCAGGCUGCCCGCUAUUCCCUCUGCACUGAGGAGACCCCAGAGAUGACCAGCCUCCCCAUGGCUAUCCUGGAAGCCAUCUUUGAUGCUGAUAUCAAAGCUACCUGUUUUCCUGGAACCUUUGCCAACAUGUGGCAUGUCUAUGCUCUUGCCUCAGUACUGCAGUGUAACAUCUACUCCAUCUAUCCCAUGAGCAACUUGAAGAUCCGACCUUAUUUUAACCGGCUUAUCCGGCCCAGGAAGUGCGGCCCACGAACCUCCACGCUACACAUCAUGUGGUCCGGGCAGCAGCUUUCCCGGCAAGUCUUUAAAGCGCAGUACUUUGUGGCUGUGGUUGGCCUGGAGGAGCUGGAACCCACAAUACCUUCACCAGAGCCUCCUGUCCAGCCCAUGAAGACCCUUGAGCUGCUGAACAGUGACCCCCAGUUGACCUACUCCAACCUGCGUGACCGCUACAGCAUUACCAAGAGCACCUUCUACCGCUGGAAGCGCCAGUCUCGUGAACACCGGCAGAAAGCGGCUGCCAGGUUUGCAGCUAAACAUUUCCUCCAGUCCUGCUUUCAGGAGGGCAAUGUAAUCCCCCUCCAGCACUUCCGACAAAUGUUUCCAGAAAUCUCCCGAUCCACGUACUAUGCCUGGAAGCAUGAGAUGCAGAGCAUGGUCAAUGGUGAUGCCUCUGCUCUGUCUGAGGCCCACAGGUUGCAGGAACUUCACAGGGUUGUCCCAAAAAAGGCCGAUGUGAAUGAGCCAGCAAAUCCACAGGGGAGCUUAAAAUCCUCAAGUCCUUCCCUAGAUCCCAUUCAAGCAGGAAUCUUUAUGCAAGGAGCCAAAUCCUACCUGGAGAAAUGCAUUUCCAUGAACACUCUGGUGCCUUACAGGUGCUUCAAACGCAGCUUCCCUGGCAUCUCCAGGUCCACUUACUAUAACUGGCGAAGAAAAGCAAUCAAGGAGAACCCCAACUUCAAACACCCCCAAUCACCCUUGGAUAACCAGAAAACUCUAGCUAUAGGAAAGCCAUUCCUGCAGUUGAAGCCAAGCAGCGUGCCUGUUAGGAAGAGACGGAAUGGAGACCGCUCAGUGUCCAGGAGUCUCCUGCAGCUCCAUCCUUCUCUGUGCUGGAGAAAGCAGCUGCGAGAUGUGGCCAGGAGGCAGGUCCAGCAAUGGCAGCUGCCGUUCUGCAAGUACCGCCUGCGCUAUCCAUCUCUCUCCUCCACAGCCUACUGGUUUUGGAAGGGCAGUGGCCAAACCAUUUGGCAGCAUCGUCUGCCGUGGAGCAGCUCCAGCCUGCCAUUGAACCAUGUGGCUUCCCUGGCACCUCCAAAAGCAGAGCCAGGCCUCAAACCACAGUGCCAUUUGGAGGCAGCCACCAAGCACAUAGAUAAGCCAGUGCCUGCCAUGCCGUGCAACACCACCGUUUCGAGCUAUGCCAUGUCGGAGAGAGCCAACAGCCGGAUGUUUGUGAUGGAUGUGAUUGCCACUGCCCAAUUCAAGGCACAGGCCAAGCUGUUCCUGCAGCAGCGUUUUGAGUCGAAGACCUUCCCAACCUACAAAGAGUUCAGUGCCCGCUUCCCGCUUACGGCCCGUUCCACCUAUUACAUGUGGAAGCGUGCUCUGCACGAUGGGCUGACAUUGGUGGAUGCCUGAGCACCAGCUGCCAGCUUUCUUGGCCACAGCUCCUCUGCUGAUGUGCCCUUUGGCUCUCUGGUGGGGUGCCCAGGUUGGGGGCCUUGCUAAUUUUUGUUCUGGUUUGGUUUUGUUUUGUUCCUAGUCUCUGGCGUUCUUUUUUGUGUGGUUCAAUCAGAUAUGGGAGCAUCCUCACAGUGCCUAUUCCCAGAGGCUGGAGGAGUGGAAGGAAAAGGCAUUGAGUAUCCCAAGGGAGAGGGGCCAAGUAAUUUUCCUCUCUUUGUGCUCAGAGGAUGAGCAAGGGAGGUAGUACUGUGCCGUGUCAUGGGAUGCUGCUGGGCCUCAUGAGAUGGAGGAUGUGAAAGUCUCUCUGUUGUGGCAGUUGCUUGAACGAGUAAUGUGGAUGUGCAGGAUGAGCAUGGAGGUGCCAUAGCAUCUCAUCAGUGUGCAGAGCAGUACUGGCUCAGCUGUAGGUGAGGAGAGGUUUGGGGAGUGCUCAGCUUUAUGUAAGAAGCUUUGGUCUGGGCUUUUUCCAGAUAAAGACAAUAAAAGCUUCACUUGGGGUGAGCAAAGCUCUGGCUUUUAAUACCAGUCUGUGGCUGACCUGAUCUUUCCUAGAUGGAGCAGAGGCUGGUAGAUGAGGGUUUUUUUGUGUCCUCAUUGUAAUCUGUAUGCUGAGCAUGCUAAGCUAUGAGUCAGUGUCUUUUGCAGGCUCUGGAGAAGCUGUCCCUGACCUUCCAGGUCUUGUAGCAAUAACUUUUCAUACAAACCAUUCUCUCAGCUGGCAGCUGCCUUUUCUAGGGUCUCUCUUCCCUGAUGUCUAGGAGAAUGCAGAGAGACUGCAACUUGUGUUCCCAGUGUCCCUGCAUCCCCUGUGCUGUGCUGCAAGCAGCAUGGAUGCCUAUCUCUCACUUGUAAAAAACCAAAGCAAUAAAUACUCUUCCACUCCUAGUCCUGUGUGGUUUCUCAUUCUCACUGCAUGAUUUCUAGGCAAGGUUUCCCCUCCAUCUCUGCUUUCUAAAACUCAAAUGGGCACAGAGAGCCUGUGCACACCUCAAUCCCUUCUCCUGAGAUGAUCUUCUUCUGGUUCCUGGUGGGUAGUGUCUGCUGCUUGAUGUCUCCUCUCCGGAGGCCUGGCUGGAGCUGUGCUCUCCUUGGUAAGAGCCUAAGGCUUGCCUUCCAGAACAGAUGCAAGGCUGGUGAUAACCCAGUGUGCAAAGCCCUGUGUGACAGCAGGGAUGCAGUGACAAUGUCUGAGAUGUUGGUGGUGCUGCCCUGAAGUGGUGGUGGUGUACUGGGAGCUGAAACCAGCUGUUUGCACCUCUGCCCCAUGAGCAUAUUGAGGCAUAAGGCUGAGGAGGUCUCUGCCUGACUCCAAAAACCCUUGUCCCCUUAGUGUGUGAGUUUUCCUGUGGUGUCUGUCAGCAUGGCUGUGCAGGACCAGACUGUAAGAUGUCUAGGGCUGGCCAGUACCACUGAGGGUUGUGCUGACAACGGCAGUACCUGUUCUUGCUUCCCAGGAAGCUGUCAGAAGUCAGAGCAACCUACAGAUGUGGGGGGAGAGCUUCCCAAACUGCAUUUACAAGGUGGGUUCCUGAGUCAGCAGGACUGACUCUUGUCUUACUCUCAGGCCUUUGACAGGGCAUUAUGAGCUUUGGUGACCAUGUUAUGGGGAGAUGCAAUACACAGGUGAUGUGUCUGUCCCAAAUUCAUCCCCCUGCUCUGUCACACCCCCUCUUCCCAAGCUUGCUGGCAAAUAACUUGUUUUGCCUUUAGGUGUCUGGAACCUGUCACUGGCUGCUACAGCCCAGUCCUAACGUAGGCUGGCUUCACUCCCUGUGAGCCUCCUAGGCAGAGGGAGCCCUAUGCUAGAAAGUUCUACUGAGCUUUCUUCUGCAUAAACCUGUAGGAGAAAGGGGUGCUCAGGGUUCCCUUAAGGUGAGGCAGCCAUGUUGAACAAGCACCUGGGGCAUGUCUUGAGAAACCAUUUAGCUCCUUGUCCUUGGCAAUGGGAAGAUUUCACCACCACCCACCCAUGCCAGCAUGUCCUCUGUGGUCCCAGAGGAGGAGUUCUGGGGCACUUGCUGCUUUGGGAAGGGAAGCACAGAAGGAGUAAGGAGCUGCCAAGCAGUGCUGUGUGCUGCUGCAGAGAGCCCUGGGCUCUGUGUCAGGAAGUAAUUGAAGUAAUUAGCUGCCAGGGAGGACUCAUCCAUGAACUCCUCUAAGGGAGUGAGCUGGUAAUUACUCCAGAAAGAUUACCUAUGUCUCCAAACUGCUGGAGGCUGGAGAUAGCUGCUUUUAGCAGCAGUGGUUGUAGUAGCAGCUGUGGCAAUGGAUGGAAGACCCCCAGAAUGUUCCCUGCCUUGCCUGAGCCAAGGGAAGCAGCAGGGAGGGUGGGUUUUCUGGCAGUGGGUACAAACAUGGGCCCUAUUUGGGUGGCUGUGAGGCUGGGGCAGAUUGUGCCUGAUAGCAGGGCUGGGACAUCCAUCAGCAGGGCACAGCAUGAAGGGUGGUGGUCACUGCUGGGGGCAGUUGGGCACCAGGAGAGCCUGGGGGGUGCUUUGUGGCAGGGCCCAGUGCUCUGCAGGAUGAAGGAAUGGCUUCUGCUUCACAUCAGACAACUCACCCUGAACUGGGAGUGCUGCAUGCAUCACACCUGGCUAGCUGCAGGAUCAAUCUCUUCUGAGUUCCCCAACCCUUUGCAUGACAAUUUUUAGAAGGUCUGGUGAAGAGAUCUAGGUGUAUUGUUUUUCCUGCCUUAGCUGGAUGCCUGCGUGGGGCAUGGUGGGUGAAAUAAUAUUCACGUCCCUUCCUAUGCCUUGCUGGGAGCAGGCCAUGCUGGAUCGCUGCCAGCUGGCACCACCUAAAUGGGUGGUGGUGCUUGCUCAUUAUUGAUGUUGUUUGUGGCUGAGCAGAGCUUAAAUGGGGGGGAAAUUGUAGCACUUGAUUUGUAAAUGUCAUGCUGCUCUCACACUGAGGUGGUGCUGGGAGAUGCCUUUGAGGCAGGCUCUGCUGUUCCACAUCACACUGCCAGGUACCAGAUGGUGAUUCUCUCCCUUUGCACCUGGGCAGUGGGGUUUAGCUCAGGUGUCACCUAAACUCCUUCACAGACAGGGACUUAAAAAUAUUGACUCCAGAAAAGAU